AUGCCUGCCUCAGAUGUCAAGCCGAAAACAAACAAGAGGACUGUGUUGUGGUCUGGGGAGAAUGUAAUCAUUCCUUUCACAACUGCUGCAUGUCUCUGUGGGUGAAACAGAACAAUCGCUGUCCUCUCUGCCAGCAGGACUGGGUGGUCCAAAGAAUUGGCAAAUGAGAGGUAGUAGAAGGCUUUCCUGGUGUGGUUGUGACCCUGGAUGAUCUUGCUGCCAAGUGACCGGACGAAGGCUAUAACACUCCAGCGGAUCAGUUCUUCAGAUAGAAAGGGUGCAGUCUUUUGAGACUCAUCCAGGGCAUGGCUUAGCAUUUUGUCAGUUUAAUUUUGAGAAGUUGUCUACAAGAAAGAUAAUUUAUUAAAAAUGGCCUUUCCUACCUCUGUGGUGUGUGUCAUACAUACUGCUUAGAAGAGCUAUAAGAGAGAAUGCCAAAAAAGGUCUGUGAGAGAGAGCAUUGCAUCUACUUUACAGAAGAGAGUUUCUGUGUUUAUGUCUGAUUGGUUUUGUUAUAGUAACAAAUAAAAUGCAUUUCGAAAAUCCAACUUCUAUCCUCUGCUCCUAAUACUUUUUGUUAGGAGAGGGCAGCCCAUGGUAUCUUUAUUUGCUGUAAGUGGCGAUUUUGAUUUUAGAUCAGUGAAGAAUAUAAAUAAAAUGUAACUUUCAGUAAA